CUGAAAAUAUAAACAUGUUGUUUGUGGUGUAGAAACAUGAAAGUCUAAUCUUGAGUUUUGAUUUUGAUCACCAUGACAACGCGAUCAGAUGCGCGUGACUGAACUUUUCUUCAGAAUGUCUCGCGCGGUUCCCGAUUUAGCGGAAAUAACGAGCGACAACUUCGAGGAACAUCUGACUUCUGAUCUGACCUUCAGUGAAUUCUUCAAUGAUUUUCUGAUGCUGCCCGUGUUUGGUGCAGCAGUGAGGUAUGAUGGGAUGUCUGGAGGUUUUGAGUUGUUGGAUCAGACGGCAGCACAUCUCUCCUGUCACAUCAGAUCGUUUCUACAUGAACUUCAGUCAAAAUCCCUGUCUGAGCCUCACUGGAUCCCUGCUGAACCGCUUCCAGACAACCGCUACAUUGUCACUUGUUUAGACAGAGAUGAAUGCAUUCAGUGGCUGAAGAGAGACAGACUCCCAUUCUUUCUACAGAGCGACUCUUACUUUGAGUACAGAUUGGCUCAAUGUGUGUGUCAGCUCAGCAGUUCACAGACAUCACAAGAUCAUGUGACAGCUGACGAGUCAAGAGGGAGUCAAGCCUAUCCAGAGCCAGUGAAGACAUCAGGCGUGUGUGGAGCGAGAGAGACAUUCAUGUGCUUCAAGAGAUCUCUGUCUGGUGGUCAGGGUGAUGUUAUUCUCAGUCUGUGGAUGGAUAUUGAACGACUGAAGACGCUCGACACACACACCAAGAGCAGGUAUUUAGUGUGGAUGAGGAGUCAGUAUCUAGCAUCUGUGAAUGUGGAGCUUCUCUCUCGUCUGGGAUUAAAGUGCAGCAUCAGAUGGCAGGAGGACAAACUGUGUGAUGUUCAACCCCGACUGCUGGAGAUACUGAUGUUAUAUUGGGGUCAGCGUUUUACACACUGUCUGUCUGAUGACUGGUGUGUGUCUGAACUCACAUUGAGUUGUGUAUGUGUGAAUGUCAGCCGCUCAUAUCUGCCUGCACAUGUGACCGCACACAUCUGCACUGACAACAGGGUGGAGAGCAGUCAGAUGUUUUUGUUUAUGGAUGUUCUCCGCACUGAAUCCAGAUCAGGAUCUGUGUUCACACACUUCUGUCAGAAUUCAGGGAAUCAGUUGUGGGAGAACGCUGUUCAUUUCUGCUCAGAACUCUCACAGUACAUUCACCUCUUCUGUAUGAACACAUUUGAUCCUUACAGAGUACAACACACAGCUCAGAUGCUGUAUGGUGUGUAUGUGUGCAGUGGAGCUCAGAGGUGUGUUGUCUUGAGCGAGGAGAACCGCAGGACUGUUCUGAGCCGACUGACUCCAGCGUUUGAGGAUCUAUUUGAUCAGGUGGAGGAACUUGCGCUGAAUGUCCUGCUGGAGCCGUGGACACUGUUCUCAGAUCAGACCACACAAUCACUGAAGCGGGUGACGCAGAGACAGGAGGUGCGUUACGCUGAGACUGAACUCUUCAACAGGCUGCAACAUCUCUACACACACACCCAGAGAAACCUGACGCAGGUGUUCAGAUCUCCUCCAGCACCAGCAGAGGUCACCAGAGCUCCAGACCUGUGGUCAAGUGUUCCAGACCGCUUCAGAGGGAUAAGUCUGGAUUCUCUGACCCGCAACCCUUCACAACUUCAACACUUUCUGUCCUUCCUGGAGAAGAAUUCAGUCAGUGUGUAUCUGCAGUUCUGUUUGGAUGUGGAGCAGCUGAAGAAAACUCCUGUCAGUGAUGAAGGACUCAUGAAAGAGAGACACACAAACAUCACAACUAAAUAUUGCAACUACAACUUUCUGUGUGGACCCAACAGCCCUGCCAGUAAAGAUCAACAGAUGAGGGUGGCUGCUGGUGUUGUGUGUGUGUCUCUUCUAAGUGAGUUGCAGUCAGCGGUUCAGAAGCGUUUAGAAGUUGACUGGUUGCCGCUGUUUCUCUCCAGCUCUGAAUUCAUCACAGGUCACAAACCACAGGCUGCAGGUGUGGCGUGUGAGCAGCAGCCUGUUGUACGUCACUUGAGAAGGAGACAGUUUUAUAAGAAGCAGGUUAAUGGAGGAGGUGUGAUGGCUUCGUGUCAGGUGUCUGUCUCCAUGCGUAAGGCUCUGUUAAACCCCGUUACCUGUCUUCAGUUCCAGAAGUUUCUGUGUGUCUGUGGUGAUCUGCGUGAGAAUGAUCUGCUCUUCUGGCUGGAGGUUCAGAGGUAUAAGGAUCUGUGUCAUUCUCGCUGUGAUGAUGUCAUGAUUCAGAGGAAGAUCUCCAUCAUCAUCAGCCGUUUCAUCACUUCCACCACCCCCCCCGCCCUGCAGAUCCACAUCCCCCCCGAGCUCGCUCAGCACAUCAUGAGCUCUCGACGAGCUCUCGGUCCGUAUGUGUUCAGAGAGGCACAGGUGUGUGUGUUUAAGCAGCUCCUCACACACUGGCCGGAUUUCUCUGCGUUCCACACGGCUGUAGGGGAGGACAGCGUUCUCCGAGUGAUGGAGCACAAGUGGUGGAGAGAGAGACACAGAAGAGUGAGGGGCGAGCAGGAUGACAAGCCGUCUGAGGACGAUGAGACGCACACAGUCUCUGAUGAAGAUCUGCAGGAGAAUUCAGACAUGACUUCGUAUAAGAUCUCGUGGUGUUACUCAAAGCAUAUGGCAGCGCUGGAACAUGAAAAAACCCUGAGUGAGGAAGUAACAUCAUCAUGUGGGAAAGUGAAGUUUACCAUUUCUUCAUUUGAUGUGAUGUUUUGUGUGCAGACAGCCGUUCAGCUUCCAGUGUGAGACGCACAAACACACAAACAGGUCAACAGAUCCUCUGAAAAGCACGCCGGCGGCCGUCUGUCUCCAAACACACAGACAGAGUUACAGCUCACAACACCAAACUCACACACAACAACAUGUGACAAUAUCACACAAUGCUCCUUCUUAUACUUUAAUACAAAAUUUAAUAAGCGA